AUGGUACCUGCCACCCGGCAAAUGACAACCGAAGCUGUCUUCGCUCACAUCCUGGACAACAUCCCUUUGUUAUCCCGAGAGCAUCCCAUUUGUCUCAGUUUCCAGCAACAAGGUUACGAGUCCGCCAUCGACAUUCUAUCCAUCUUUGAGAAUGAACUUGAAACCCUUGGGUACAUUUCCCCCACGGCUGUCAAUGGUGUCGAGAAUGACAACAAGUACUGGGAUAAUUUCUAUCAAUCUUUUGUGGUCACCGCCGUAUCGCACAACAUUGAGAAGGUCCUUGAUCCCACGUAUGCCCCUACGGAACCAUCUGAAAGGGCCCUCUUCGAGGAGCAGAAAAAGUUUGUGUAUUCUGCUUUAGAACAUAGGUUACAGACAGACAUGGGCAAAAACCUUGUUCAGGAGCAUAGUUUCGACUUCGAUGCGCAAGAAGUAUUUCGUAAAGUCGUUAAACAUUAUACGGAAUCAGCAAGUGCAAAGAUCAGUUCAGCUACUAUGCUGGGGUACCUCACCACAGCAAAGUAUGGAUCCUUGUGGACAGGUACAGCUGAAGGGCUUAUCCUCCAUUGGAAGAACCACCUCCGCAUAUACCACAAUACGGUCCCGACGGCUGAGCAACUCCCAAAGCAAUUGUGUCUUAGUCUUUUGGAGAACGCAGUGCACGAUGUCCCGGAGCUUCGACAAGUAAAAAUCACAGCGACUCUCGAUCUUGCAAAGGGAGGUAACCCAAUUAUAACGGAUUCUUCAAUACUCACGCAAUGUAUUGUUGAUACAAAGAGAGAGUAA